GCUUCUUGCUACUGCCGUCCUGACAUUCUCUUUUUAUGUCAUGUGCUGCAUCGUUCGACAGAGUGGAUGCUGCUAGCCAGAUACGUCGUGAUUUGAGCACCUUUGACUCGUAGCUUUUGCAUUCUAAGGGAUAUGCCUUGCAAUGCGAAGCAGUGAAUCGGUUGCUGUGGACCGGCCAGCGAGACCAUGGUGUACUGUUGCGUACCGCACUGUAAGUCGCAGUCAAGUAGGACUAAAGGCGUUUCCUUUCAUCAAUUCCCGAGUGAUGCAGAACUGGUGGCUAAGUGGCUGAAAAACAUUUCAAGGGAAAAUUUGGUUGUCAACGACAAGUCGGCGUCAACUGUCGUUUGUAGCCGGCAUUUCCUCUCCACUGACUACGUGCCUGGGUGCCGAAUCAGGAAACUUCUACCUGGUGUUGUGCCAACAGUGUUCGACGAGUACCCAAGUUACCUCGUGCCGAGUGCCAAGAAGCCUCGUAAGGAGCCCGCAUCUAGAUGUUCUGUCCCUGCUCCAAAACCAAGUAAGCGAAAAGCGGAGCCAGAAGGUGCGGUCGACCUUCCUGAAUCGCAGGACGACUUCGCUGACAAGAAACAUAGUGUCUGCACUCAAACGGCAAAUAAAGACGCCCAGCGAGUAAGUGCGUAUGUUUCGCUUAUCGGCAGGCUUCGUAAACAAGCUGCGUACCACCGUUCGAAGUGUAGCAAACUCCAACAGCAGCUGGACGCUGCAAGGAAAGCAAACGCUUUCUAUCGGGAAAAUAAGAGGCAUGCUUCUGUCAAAGAAGUUGUUGCUGAUUCUGCAAAGGGUGAAAAGAAGGCCAUCUUUCUCCUUCAUCAACUAGACAGUUAUGGGCAGAAGCGACCGUGCUACCCAGAGGAGAUAAUCAGAGAGUGUGUCGUGUGGCGCUUUCUUUCGCCUAAGGGGUACGAUCACGCUCGGACAUCCCAGCUGCUGACACUGCCAGCAAAGUGCACGCUGCAGCGGUACAUGGGACCAAGCCCGACAACGACAGGGAUGAGUCCUGCGAUGAGAGAAAGACUGGUUUUUGAAGCUUCCUUACUCAGCUCUAAGCAGCAUAUGGCAACGCUAAUCAUUGACGAGGCUAGCAUCAAGCCGAAAUGCAUAUACGAUAGGAAAUCGGACGCAGUCUUUGGCUUGAGAGACAAGCCUAGCAGUGACACACCAGGUGGCUCGAAGGAAACCCUUGCAAACAGGGUCCUGUGUUUUGUGCUUCAUGGCAUCGCUAGCUCCUACAGAAUUCCCUGCUCGUACUAUUUCACUAAGCAACUUAGCGGGAGAGACCUGUUUGCAUGGACUAAGGAAGUGAUCAACGCUGUUGAGUCGUGCGGAUUUUUGAUUGUGCGCAUUGUGACGGACAAUUAUUCCGCCAAUACUACAAUGUUUAAGCUGAUGGGAAAUGGCUGCCUAUCGACUGUAGUGGAGCAUCCACAUGAUGACAAUCGGGUGAUCUUCCUAAGCUUCGACCCAUGCCACGUACUAAAAAACGUUCGGAGUCAAUUUCUUGAACGAGAACUGACAGACGGCGUAGGGGACAUCUCUGGCAUAUUUGUCCAAAAGCUGUACGAGCACCAGAAGGACAUGACAGUCAAACUGGCAAGAAACCUAACCAAGAAACAUGUCUACCCUACAAACCUGGAGAAGAUGAAUGUCCUUCGGGCAGUGCAAACAUUCUCUCCACAAGUAAUUGCAGCUAUUGAGCACCUCCAAGAAAAACACAGGCGGUGA